AUGCCAGGCUCGGGAGGGUCCGGCCAAGGCUCGGGUUCUCUCGAGCCGACCUACAGCGGCGGGUUCAAUGAAUCGGGAGGAAGAAGCGGCGAGUACGACGAAUCGGGCGGAGGAUACGGAGCACCCGUUGGCUCAUCCUACGGCCAGUACCAGCAGUACCCUGCGCGCGGGGGAGCUCCGCAAGGGGGGGGCUGGGGCGGCGGCGGCGGAGGAAUGAACGCGCCAUAUGGGGGAAUGAUGGGGGGAGGAGUGGCGCCGAGAGGCCAGUACGGCAGCAACGACUCGAGCCCGCAAGGCUCGGGACCCAUGCAGCCCUACAUGCCCGCGUCCGGCGGCGGCGGAUCCGGCAGCCUGCAGUCGCGCUUCUCCAUGGACGGCGGGAGCAUGGACAGCUCUCCCGGCGGCGGAGGUCCCAAGGGCGGGAGCGAUAUCCAACAAGCCGCGGCGCUGUCGGCGCUGGCGUGGUCGAAGCAGGCGGCGAACACGGCGGAGGGGCAGAAGCUGCAAUCGGACUACCUCGCGGAGUUCGACGCGUGGAAGCGCGCCAAUCAGGCGGCGACGUUUCAGCAGCAGCAGGACUUCAUGUCGGAUCUCCAGUCGCGCAUGAGCAAGGCGCGCGCGGCGCUCGCGGGGCUGCAGCUGGGGGAAGGCGGAGGGGCAGGAGGGGGAGGGUCGCCUGCGGGCGGUAGUGGAGGGGAGAUGGGGGGUGAUGGUGGUGGUGGGGGAGGAAUGCAGCAUGCGUACCCUGCGGCGAUUCCUGCUCCUGUUCCGGCUGCUUCGGACGUUUCUUCUGUUGGCGGUGGUGGCGGCGUUGAGAACGACCUACGGCGCGAGCUGGAGCUGAUGCGGCAGCGCGCGGCGGAGGCGGAGAAGGCGCGUCUGGAGGCGGAGCAGCGCGCGCAGCGCGCGCUCUCCGAAGCGGACCGCUCCCUCCGCGAGGUCGAGGCGCAGAACAAGCGGCGGGAGCUGGAAACGGCGGUGCGCAUCGAGAUGGCGUCGCAGGAGGCGGCGCGCGCCAUGGCGGCGGCGGAGGAGGCGCGGAAGCAGGCGGAGCUGGAGGCGCAGAAGACGGAGGUGGCGAUGAAGCAGGCGGCGAUGACGCGCGCGGCGCUGGAGCUGGAGGAGAAGCGGCGGCAGGAGGCGGAGAAGAAGGCGAAAUCGGAGAAGGGCAGCAUGCGCAUGAUGGCUAACUACCGCGAGUACUCGUAUGACGACAUUGUGUUUGCAACGGAGAACUUCAAGACGGACCGCAAGCUGGGCGAGGGCGGGUUUGGAACGGUGUUCUCAGGCACGCUGCACCACACGCCCGUUGCAGUGAAGGUGCUCAAGAACACGGACGCCAUGCAGGCCGCUCACGAGUUCCAACAAGAGGUCGAAGUGCUGAGUCAGAUUCAGCACCCACACGUGGUGAUGCUGCUGGGCUGCUGUCCCGACAGGUACUGCCUCGUCUACGAGUUCAUGGCCAACGGCUCCCUCGAGGACCGCCUCCUCUGCGCCAACAACACGCCCCCUCUCCCCUGGUACACCCGCAUGCGCGUCGCCGCCGAAAUCGCCUCCGCGCUCCUCAUCCUCCACACGCGCCCCGUGCCUAUCGUGCACCGCGACUUAAAGCCCGGCAACAUCCUCCUCGAUAAAAACUUCGUUGCGAAACUCGGAGACGUCGGGCUGGCGAAGCUCAUGCCUGGGCUGUCCAUGGAUCAAACCUACAUGCGAGAAUCGGUCCCUGUCGGCACCUUCGCGUACGUCGACCCGGAGUUCCAACGCACGGGCGAGUUCGGCCCCAAAUCCGAUGUCUACGCACUCGGAAUCGUGCUCCUCGAUCUCCUCACCGGCCGCAAGCCCAACGUGUACGAGGGGUUAGAAGAAGCUGUGGACGACGGGGACGAGGAGGCCAUGAGGGAGUUUCUAGAUGAACGCGCUGGGAACUGGCCGCUGGAUAUGGUCAUGGAAGUGGCUAAGAUUGCGGUGAAGUGUUCUGAGAUGAGGAGGAAGAAGCGGCCGGAUCUGGAGACGCAUGUGAUGCCCGUGCUGGAUAGGGCGCGGGCGCGAGCGGUUCAGGCGGAGGAGGAGGCGAGGAAGACGCCGGCGAAGCGGUCGAUUGGGGAUGCGCCCAGCAGCCUGUUCUGCCCCAUCACUCAGGCAAGCUUGGGUUUCCUUGUGCCCCGAGAUUAUGGUGAACCCGGUGCUGGUGGCGGACGGGCACACCUACGAGAAGCCUCCACUAUUAGCUUGUCCACACUCUCACCCCCUCUUCCCCAUCUUGGCACCCUCUUCCACCCCCUUUCACCGCUCUCAACCGCACAGGAGAUGAUGGUGAACCCGGUGCUGGCAGCGGACGGGCACACGUACGAGAAGGAGGCGAUAGAGUCGUGGCUGGAGAGCAGCGACCGCUCGCCCAUGACCAAUGAGCAGCUGCCCUCCAAGGACCUCGUGCCCAACCAUGCCGUGCGCGCCAUGAUCAAAGACUGGCGGGAACGCAACCUAUGA